AUGACAGAUUUGCCUUCAACUCGUCCCCGCAAAGUGUGCUUUGUCACAAUCGGCGCGACUGCUUCCUUCUCGUCUCUGAUCAGGGCCACCAUCUCAUCGACCUUCUGUCAUGCACUCGAACAGUACCAGUACACAGACCUGAUUGUCCAGUACGGUGCUGAUGGCAAUGAUUUAUUUCAAUCGCUGGUACAAGAGGUAGGACUCAAUGGGGAAGGAGCUGGUAUCAAUGUGUCUGGGUUCGGACUCGACACUAGUGGUCUGGCACAGUACAUGAAGCUGGCAAGGACAGGCGGAGAUGACAGUGGUGCAGAGGGAGUUGUUGUCAGCCAUGCUGGCUCAGGCACUAUCCUUGAUGCUCUACGUAUCGAUGUACCACUCAUCGUUGUGCCCAACUCGGAGCUGUUAGACAACCACCAGGUCGAACUUGCCGAAGCCCUGGCCGAGCAAGAAUAUGUCGUUCACGGCAACUUGGAGGACCUGCCGCAAGCACUACGAGAUGCCGAAAAGCUACGAGUUCGACAAAAGACCUGGCCACCCGUCAACUCAGGUACACAUCGCCAAUCGAAAGGCCUCGCCGGCGUCGUGGAUGAAGAGAUGGGUUUCUCAGUCGAGUGA